AAAAAAAAGUUAAAGAUGGUAAAUACAUUUCUUGAUCAUAUUUUUAAUAUAUAUACAGUAUCCCAAAAGAAGGUGAACAUUUCAGGUUACUAUACAACAUAUGAGUAAUGUAAAUUUGACGUCAGUCUUUAAAUGCCCUGGCUAAAAAUAGUAUUUCAUACAGGUAAUGGGUUUAUCAUUGUCUAUUUUAAGCUAUUACAGGUACAAAAUGUAUAUUAUAAUUCUAUUUGUAUAUAUAACCGAUGAGAAAUCUCCAUUUGGUAUUGUUUGAUAAUAAUGACUAAGAGUAAAUACAAGCUUACUAAGGUUUUUCUACUAAUUCAAUCCGAGUUCUUGGAAAAAGUCUUCACUGGGUAUAAAUAGGACUAAUUUUUAAAAUUGUUAUCAUAGUAAAAUUGAAGACGAGAGAUUUCGCAAAAGAUACAUAAACAAAUAUCACUAGAAAUAAAAAAGACAAAAUGAGUUUCAACGAAGAUAUCACUGCAGUUAUAAUUGACAACGGUUCCGGAAUGGUUAAGGGAGGUUUUGCCGGAGAUGAUGCUCCAAGAGCCGUGUUCCCCGCAGUUACUGGACGACCAAGAUAUCAAAUGGUAAUGGCAGGCAUGGGAGGAAAAGAUUGUUAUGUUGGAGACGAGGCACAAAGUAAACGAGGUAUACUUUCUUUGAAAUAUCCCAUCGAACAUGGAAUAGUGACUAAUUGGGAUGACAUGGAAAAGAUCUGGCAUCAUACGUUCUAUAAUGAACUGAGGGUGGCACCAGAAGAACAUCCGGUUAUGUUGACUGAAGCACCGAUGAAUCCAAAGGCAAACAGAGAACGAAUGACACAGACAAUGUUUGAGACAUUCAAUACACCAGCAUUUUACGUCGGUAUCCAGGCUGUUUUAUCCCUGUAUGCAUCAGGACGAACAACAGGAAUAGUGUUUGAUGCAGGAGAUGGAGUUUCUCAUGUUGUUCCUAUAUAUGAAGGGUACGCUUUGCCCCAUGCAAUUAAGAGACUAGAUCUUGCUGGACGAGAUUUGACGAACUACCUACAGAGGAUACUUCUUGAAAGAGGAUACAGAUUUACCAGUUCUUCUGAAUGGGAAAUUGUUCGAGAUAUAAAAGAAAAGUUGUGCUACGUUGCCCUUGAUUUCGAAAAAGAACUAGAUGCAUCUGCCAAAUCAUCUCAAGUAGAAAAGAGCUAUGAGCUACCAGAUGGCGGUGUCAUUACCGUUGGAAACGAGCGAUUCCGGUGUCCGGAAGUCCUGUUUAAGCCAUCUUUUACUGGAAUGGAGGCUGCCGGUAUACAUGAGAUGUUACAUAACUCAAUCACGUCAACAGAUAUUGACAUCAGGAGAGACCUGUAUAAUAAUAUUGUCUUGUCUGGAGGGUCAACAAUGUAUCCAGGAAUUGCAGAUAGGCUGAAAAAAGAAUUGGACGCGAUCAUUCCAAAUUCGAUGAAAACAAAAAUAAUUGCUGCCCCAGAACGGAAGUACUCGGUAUGGAUUGGAGGAUCCAUUUUAGGAUCACUUGCUACUUUUGGACAAAUGUGGAUAUCUAAACAGGAAUACGACGAAUGUGGACCCAGUAUUGUUCACAGGAAAUGUUUCUGAUGUUGAUGUAGAUAUACACAACAAUAUAUAGUUGUAUGUGCAAUAAUAUUACGUAUUUGACGGAUUGGACAUAUUUGACCAUUGGGCUUUCGUGUGAAUAAUUGUAAGUGAUACAUUCUCAUUCUUAUUACCACUGUUAUUCUCAUUGUUGUUAUCAUAGUUAUUCUCAUUGUUUAUUGUUAUUCUCAUUGCUAUUUCCAUUGUUAUUCUCAUUGUUAUUAUCUAUUAUCAUUGUUAUUCUCAUUGUUAUAUAUUUGUUAUACAAGAAAUAAAAGUUUUAUAAUCAUAUAA